AUGGCUUCUCCCCUCUCCACGAUGAAAUUUUGGAAGCCGGGCUCCGAGGCUCCGGGCAUCUCGGAGGAGCGCGAGCUCCACGCGGAGUCCAGCGGCUCCCCGGUCAUCUUCAACCCGCACACGGCCCUCUCCAUCGAGAAGCAGCGGCAGAAGCUCCCGGUCUUCAAGCACAGAAACAACAUCUUGUACCUGGUGGAGAGCUUCCAGACGGUGAUCAUCGUCGGGGAGACGGGAUGCGGGAAGACGACGCAGCUGCCGCAGUACCUGCUGGAGGCCGGCUGGGCUGCAGAGGGGAAGGUUAUCGGUGUGACACAGCCCCGCCGCGUGGCCGCCAUCUCCGUGGCUAACCGGGUAGCGGAGGAGCGGGGGGCCCUGUUGGGACACGAGGUGGGAUACACCAUCCGGUUUGACGACUGCUCCGAUCCCCACGCCACGAGGAUUAAGUUCUUGACAGACGGCAUGCUGAUCCGGGAGAUGAUGGCCGAUCCUCUCCUGAAGAAGUACAGCGUGUUGAUGCUGGACGAAGCCCACGAGAGAACGCUGUACACAGACAUCGCCAUCGGUCUGCUCAAGAAGAUUCAGAAAAAGCGGCGAGACCUGAGGCUGAUCGUGGCGUCUGCCACUCUGGAUGCCAAGAAAUUUCACGACUUCUUCAACCUGAACGAGUCCGGGGACCCCAACAAGGACACGUGCGGGAUUCUGACGGUGGAGGGACGCACCUUCCCGGUGGACGUCUUCUACACCGUCAGCCCCGUGCCGGACUACGUGAAGGCCACAGUGGAGACGGUGCUGAAGAUCCACGAGACGGAGGACGACGGGGACGUGUUGGCUUUUCUCACCGGGCAGGAGGAGGUGGAGAAGGUGGUGUCCCUCCUGCAGGAGCAGGCCCGGACUCUGUCGCGGUACGGCAUGAAGAAGCACCUGAAGGUUCUGCCCAUGUACUCGGGUCUGUCCUUCGCCGAGCAGAUGAAGGUGUUCGAGAGGACGCCGCCGUCCGUCCGAAAGGUUGUGGUGGCCACCAACAUAGCCGAGACCUCCAUCACCAUAAACGGGGUCGUGUUCGUCAUCGACUGUGCGUUCGUGAAGCUGCGAGCGUACAACCCCGGCACGCCCAUCGAGUCGCUGGUGGUCACGCCCAUCUCCAAGGUUUCUGCCAGCCAGAGGGCCGGCAGACCCGGACGCAACCGCCCUGGGAAGUGCUUCAGGCUUUACACAGAGGAGGACUUUGAGAAGCUGCCGGCCUCGACUGUGCCGGAGAUGCAGCGCACCAACCUGGCCCCCGUCAUCCUGCAGCUCAAAGCGUUGGGCAUCGACAACGUGCUGCGGUUCAGCUUCCUGUCGCCCCCUCCAGCUCAGACCAUGGUCCAGGCUCUGGAGCUGCUCUACGCACUGGGAGGUCUGGACCAUUACGGACGCCUGACCGAUCCCAUGGGCGUGCGCAUGGCCGAGUUCCCGCUCAGUCCGAUGUUCGCCAAGAUGCUCCUGGAGUCGGGGAGCUUCGGCUGCUCCAAAGAGGUCGUCACCAUCGCGGCGAUGAUGCAGAUACAGAAUAUCUUUGUGGUUCCGUCCAAUCAGAAGAAAGCUGCCGCCCGAGAGCACAGGAAAUUUGCAGUUGCCGAGGGAGACCACCUGACCAUGCUGAAUGUGUUCGAGGCUUUCAUUAAGCACCAGAGGAGCUCCCAGUGGUGUCAGGAGCACUUCCUCAACUAUAAGGGUCUGCUGCGGGCGGUGACGGUGCGCGAGCAGCUCCGCCGCCUCAUGAACAAGUUCAAGGUGCCGCGAACUUCAAGCGAAGGCGACCCCGAUGUGAUCUUGAGGUGCAUUGUUUAUGGUUUUUUUGCCAACGCAGCCCGCAUCCACCAUUCCGGCUCCUACAGGACUUUACGAGACGACCGUGAGCUUCACAUCCACCCGAACUCUGUGCUGUUCGGAGAGAAACCUCCGAAGUGGGUCGUCUUCAACGAAGUGGUGCAGACGGCAAAGUACUACAUGCGUGACGUGACGGCGGUGGAGUCCUCCUGGUUGGUCGAGUUGGCUCCGCACUUCUACAAGCAGGCCAAGCACGGCUCGCUGGCCAGCAAGAGGUCCCGCGUCCUCUGAGUCUCCGCCCCCUCUGAGUCUCCGCCCCCUCGUCGUGGAAAGGAGGAGGAGCUUCCUCUCCGCUUCAUUGUGUAUAUAAAGAUGAAUUGUAUAUUAAUCGUCCACCUGCACAAAGCCUCAUCUCUCUCUCACUCACACACACACACACACACACACACACACACGUAUGUGUCCGUGCCCGGAUGAGCUGGAGUGGAUAUAUUUUUGACGUUGACACGCACACACACAGACACGCGGAGUGGGCGGAGUCCACUGCAGUGUGCUGGCGUGGUUCUACCUGUGCAUAGUCAGAGCUUCGGGUCAACACCUGGUUCUUGGCUUCAUUCUUCUUUUAAUUGUAUUUUCCUGCUGAAUGAUAAAUGAUGGAAGACACGUGUGUGUGUGUGUGAGAGAGGAUGGGGGCUAAUUUGCCCCCCCCCCCUCUCCCUCCCCCGUAGCCUGGGUGCCUUUUUUAUGUUUUUAACGGUUGGUUCUUGAUUUCUUUCCUCCCCGUCACACGCCGAGCGACCGAUAUGUACUUUGAGGAAACGGGCCGCAGAGGGAGAGGAAGGCCGAUACUGUGAAACCCCCCCCCCCCCCCCCUGCUUUUACUUUCUCCUGGUUUCCCGUGCCAGGUGGCCCUUGUCACCACUCUGUGCCAAGUUUUCACAUUUCUUUCAUUUUCAAGUUUUUCUUAAGAGAUGGAAUGUGACAAAACGCCGGCGCAUUGUAACUGAAAAGCUGUGAAAUCAAAAAGGAAGAUAAGACCCAACGUUCUGCAGCGUUUGUCUCCUCACACGUCGCCUUCGCUGUUCCUUUGUGUCCACGUCCCCCACCAGGUGUCAGUAGAGCUGCCGCUUAUUCCUCACCUUCAUUCCACGUUCACAGGCCUGGAUCCUCCCCCCGAUCUCCCCCCCCCUGUGAGCAGAGUGUCAAAAGGUUUGACGUUCGUUUCUCAAGCUACACUGUCACUCCUGCCUGCAUGGUUUUCCUUUGCUUUUCUAUUUGGUAGAUGUCGCUCUGCAGGUGGCCGCUGUAGAUAAUGUGAAAUCCAACCACAGAAGAACACGCCACUCCGUAGACGGGUGUCCUGCUCAGAACGAGAUGAACAUCCAAACGAGGAACCCGUGCAUGUCGAAGGGGGACUCUGAUGUAGACUUUAGUCUUAAGCUCGCCUUGUACGACUAAUUCAUCACAAACCGUCACGGGCCAGUUCUUCCUCACAUCUUCAAAUAAAGCCUUAUUGUCAUGACCUCA